AUGGCCGACGCUGACAACGAUUCGAAUUCGACCGUUGAGCUCCACCGUGACGACGAUUUGGCCCUUGAUCUAGCGCCCUUCGAGAGCCGUAAUAGAGGCGCUAGGGGCCAUUCGAACACCUCUCUCCUGCCCCAGGAAAGCUACGACUACGAUAGUAUUGACAGCAUCCAGCUACCGUUUCUUGCCGAUUCCAUAAGACAAGAUGCUUUUUAUCAUUUCGAGCGCAUCAAAGAAUUGGAGCCACCAAGAAACCCUGAUAGUGGGAGUGGUAGCGAGAGCUCCGUUAGCGGGUCUAUGAUUCAUGUUGAAUCCUACGAAACGAUGGAGGCGGAUCGCCUUCGCGGUUUAACAAUAUUUCGGGAUCUAUUGCUGGCCGACCUCACAAGCCUGCUUAACAAGAUCCAGGAACUAGAACAUAAGCUUCUAGGAAGGAAACAACAAUAUCAGAUGUUUGACCUCAUCCCCCACGAGUUAUUGACAGAAACAGAGCGCGCAACUAUACUAACGCACAUGCGCGCACCAUUUAGAACCAGGAGGAUACAUUGUGGACUAGGUCUUGGGCUUGUGGGGAUGAGUGCUCGUUGGUUCAAACCGCUCAUCUUGACAUCAUCCUACGACCAUUAUUUCCAGAGCUAUAGGUCAGAGAUUAGAAGGAUUUGCACUAUCUUCGCCGCGAUUGGCGUAUACACCUUGUACGCGUUACAUUCUGCGCAUAGGUAUAAAAAAGCCGUGGCCUCUACUUCUAAUAUGAGAAAGGAAAUAGCUAGAUUUGUCCGCCGGGUUGAGGGGAAGGAACCUUUGGUUGAUAAGGAUAUCGAGUGUUUGAAGGGAGCAAAAUGGGAUCAGGUGCCGUGGAAAGAGGUGGAGACUGAGCCCUCGUGGAAAUUGAUGUCGGGUUUAUAA